AUGCAACUGAAUUUAAAAACUCCAACAAAAUUUCAUUCCAGUAAAAAAUUACACACACCACCCAGUGUGCAAAAUGAUCCAGAAAAGCAGAAUAAACAGCCAAGACUAUUGGAAAGAAUUCCUAGUCUUCGAAAAAAAUCAUUGGAUUUUUCCACAAUACUUGAAAAAGAAUCUGUACCAGAACCAAUAAUAUUUUCUCCAACUACUAGAAAGAGAAUGGCUAAGAGGAAAAAUCUUCCUGAACCUUUAAACCUUACAAAGCCACUAUCACCUCCACUUAGCUCAAAAAAGAGUUCGCAUUCGAGCAAAGCUCUUAUGAAAAAUAAUUUACUAAAAACCGAACAAACAGGUUUAAAUUCUCCUUUCCAAUUAUCAAGCAGCUCAACCCAAAAUUCUAUACAUUCUUCAACUCCAACUCGCUCCACAAAAGGUAUAAAUCUCACAAAUAUUUUGUUAACUGAGCCUCUCGAUAAAGAUGCAGCUUUCAUCCUGGAGCAUUCCAAGAAAAGAAGUAACAGUAUUUACUCUUUUGGAAAUGAAUCAAUGCAUUCAAGAAAUACUUCUACAUUCUCAAGUUCAGGACUUCGAAAAUUUGUAACUGAACAAUGUUGUCUCUGUAACGAAAACUUGACUAGUUCAUUUGCAGGAGAAAAGGCAAUAGAAUUGGCUUGUGAUCAUGUAUGUCAUUUUGAUUGCUACUCGCUAUCUCUGAGUUCUAUUAGUAUAGACAAUACUUACCCAAUUUGUUCUAUAUGCAAUAUUACAACAAAGCCUAAGGAUGAGGAUAUUUUUCAAAAUCUAACAUCUAGAAUAAUCUCAAAAGCACAUACCUUGGAGCAUUCCACUAAGAGUAUCGUCGAACAAUUUGUGGAAAUGAAUUCAAAUUCCUAUUUAAUGCUAAGAGAUAAUUUUACACCUAAAGAUCAGAUUAUUAAGACGGCAGAUUUGACUAAUAAUGGUUUCAAAGCACCCUUACUAUCGAUUAAUGAAGAAGAAUUCUCACCAGCAGUAACUGUAUCAUCUAAUCAUGUGAGCAAUUCCGUUUUUGAUGAGAGUUAUUCCUUUAUUGAUUAUAAGGACUCUAGAAGUUGCCUAAGUUCUGACACAAUGGAUGACCUUCUAUCAACCCCGUUGAAAUUCAAUUCAGCAGGGAAGAAUAAAAAUAAUACCUCUUAUUUCCAAAUUACUUAUAAUUCCAAAAAACCUUUUUUAACCAUUAAAACCCCAAUUAAUAUCAAAAAUGUUGAUCAAGAAAAAUUGAGGGAUAAUAUUAAUGCAAAUAAGUACCUAACAACUUUAGUUGGGAUGCAAAAUGAUGAUGUAUUAUUAUUCGAUAAAGUUGCAUACUCAACAGAUGGUAGCCAAUGGCAAUAUAAUUGUAUAGCAAUUUUAUUCAAGUCUGUUAUUAUUUUGUAUGAUAUUGUUUUGUCAAGUAUUGAAGGUAAGAUCCCGUUAACCAAUAUUUCAAAUAUUUCAAAAUUGAAUAAUAAAACUCUGUUAAUGGAUGUUAUGAGUACUGCUUUACCAGAGGUCUAUUUUUAUUUUGAUUGUAAACAAAACUCACAUAUUUUAGAAAAGUGGAAAUAUUGUAUUAAGAAUAUUAAAAAAUUGAAAACUAAAACUUCUCUUCAAUUGACUGAAACUGCUUGGGACAUUAUUCCCAAAUCAGAUGUUGAAAAACAAGCUGAUAACAAAGAGGAACUAGCUUCUGCUAACAAAAAGGAACUAGCUUCUGCUAACAAAAAGGAACUAGCUUCUGCUAACAAAGAAAGCGUUUCACUAAAGCCAAAGUGGGAAGAUUUUAACGUAUCAACCAAAUUACAAUUCAUUGUUUGUAUUAAUCUUUCAUCUUCAAAGAAAAUGAAUCAGGAAGAGUAUUUUGGAAAUAUUAUCAAAAAUAUAAGAGCAAUCAUAAAUAAUUUGAAGGAUGAAGAUCAAUUAGGUUUGGUGACAAUUGGAAAAGAUGGUGCCGGUAAUGUUGGUAAAUUUGGAACAUUUGUAGGUACUAUUGAUAAAAAUUGGGAUGGUUGGGAAGAUGUUAUAAAUAGUAUCUCAUCUGUAAAUCAAAGUAUAUUUUCUACUAAGCAAGAAGCCUUGGAUAAGACAUUGGAAGUAUGUUACAGAUUAAAUAUGAGGAGCAUGAUAUUAAACCCAGAAGACUAUAAGAAACAUAUUUUGUUAUUUGGAGAUUUUGACAGCAACAAUUUGAAUAAAUCACUAAGUAGUUUAGGGAGAAUCUUAGUAAACGAAAAAAGUUAUGAUAUCUCUGCAAUAAAUCCAGAUUCCAGCUGUGAAUCGGAAAUAAUAUCUCUAAUAGAGAAAUGUCAUAAAAAUAACUUUAGAAACAUUUCUUUAUCAAUAAGAGGUGACAUUUUGCCAUUGAAAGAUAUGUGUGUGGGUGAAACACAAGAAUUAAAUUUAAAGAAUAUAUUAAAAAUUGAAGGAAUUGACGAGAAAAUAAAUGCUACUAUAUCAUGGACUCAUGAUGAGCAUGAUAAGUCAUUAAGAAAAGAAGAGAUUAUAGAAAUUAUGAUAUAA